AUGAAAACCAUUGGAAUUGUUGGUGGAAUUGGGUGGCCGAGUACGGUUACUUACUACCGUGUUAUCAACGAGCUGACCUCCAAGCAUAUGGGAGGGCCUGGUACGCACUGUGCUGAACUGGUUCUCGUUCAAACAGAUUUUCAUCUGUUGGAGCGGUUGGUGCAAGAUGGACGAUGGGAGGAAGUUGCAAAUUCCUUGGUCGCCCUAGUCAAGAGGCUACAGUCCGCUGGGGCCGACUUCUUCAUCAUACCCUGCAAUACGUUCCACCUCGUUGCACCCCAGAUAGAAAGCAAGGUUGACCUGCCCAUGGUCCACAUAGUGGAUGCGACUGCAAGGAAGAUUACCCAAGAGGGGUACAAAACUGUUGGUUUGAUCGGGAGCCGAUACACCAUGACUCGAGACUACUUUAUUGGCCCCUUAGUCUCACAGUACGGCCUCACAGUACUGGUGCCGGAUGAGGACCAAUGCAACGAAAUCUCUCAAGUCCUUCGAAGUCAGCUCUUGCAGGGCAUUUUCCUUUCCGACACGAGAAGUCUCUUUAUGGAUGCAAUAACCGGCCUUGCUGGCCGCGGCGCACAGGCCGUCAUCCUCGGAUGUACCGAGAUUGGUCUUCUCGUUCAAGAUGAGCAUAGUUCGGUUCCACUUAUUGAUACCGCUAUCGCACAUGCCGAAGCCACCGUUGAGAUGGCUCUGGGGGGUUGA